AUGAACAGUGAUUUUGAUUCCGUCGUAUCUGGAUCUGAUGAUGCAGAGCAAUGUGUCUUUAUAGGAGAUUCGAAGUCUGACUCUGACUCAACGUAUUCAUCGCUGAAUUUUUCAGGAGAUCAUCCAACCAAAACCCUAACGGAAGUAUUGGCCUUAGAAUACCAGAGGAACAUGCUAAGGCUCUUCCAAUUAAGGCGGCAUGUAAACAAGGCCAUUUUGGAGGAUUUCAACCUUGAAUUUCAUCCUGAAGUCGUUAACUGCACUGAUAAACAUCUUUUGCCGGACAUGGUGUUUGAAAUUCUGAAACAAGCCAACGAUGAGUUCGUACGUAGAGAAUAUAGGUCAAAGUCUUCUGCGGGUCAGGUUUUCAACAAGAGUUCUCUAUUCUUUGUGGACGUCAAUUCUAUUGCCAAUUUGGAAAUCAAGUUUACUGUGAUUGACCACUUUAAUACAGAAGUGCAUACAUAUCUGGAUCGGCUGUUUGGGGCUAAGAUAACCAGGGACAGUCUAGCUGUUUUCAACCAAAAGAUUGAUGUUUUCAUCCAGCAUCAUACAAAACUCUUGAGUGCUUACGAAAUAGUCAUAUCCUCCGAUCAGAACAGAGGUCUUUACAUUCCCACAAUUCCCAAUCGUCACCCACCAAAACCUCCUGGACCGUUCAUUAUCAACGGGUCCCAGUCUCCAGGCCCUAACAGAACGCCCACCAAAGCAGCUGAUAAAUCACCUAACAAAUCGCCUAACAAAUCGCCUACCAAAUCACCCCAGGUUAGCUCAAAAUUCCAGUUUCUCAAACUGUCCAAACACUCGAGGACUAAUUCAGCUGAUCUCCACAUAUCCUCUCCCAUAAUGACGAGGGAACUACGAAACAAAUCUACACCCAAGAAAUCGACAAGCUACACUGCAUUAGGCGACACUUUAUAUCCAAAGUGCAUCAAUGAACUUUACAUCACAAUCCACACAUUGACUAAACAUUACGAAAUCCUCAGGGCAUUAUUCCCAGACUCAGACUUGGUCGUGUAUGGUGAAACCUCCGAGUAUCUUAAGUUCCAGCAAAUCAAAAUGUUGCUGCGUUUCACCUCACGAUGUCUCAUGAAGUUCAUAGUGACAGAUUUCGGAUUUCUACUGGCACAGUUCCUGGAAACUUUGGAUAGCUACAUAGCUACUUUAGUGGUUCCAGGUAGUAAUGUUUAA